GGAUGGAAAGGAGAAAAUGGAUUCUUUAAUUCAGACGGGAAGGAAAUCAAUUGUUGCCAUUGGUGGUGCAGAUUGAUCCCCUGUUUGGGGUCGGACCACAGCGAGCUCUUGCACCUACACAGCAGGGGACUGAUGCUGCAAACUGUGUCGGGCUCAGAAGCAACACACAGGAGUGACAGACUGUGCGUGUGGGUGGCUGUGCCAGUUUAAAAGACUAGACGAGGCAGAGAAAUGCUUACUGUGAUGGUUAAGAAUGUGGUUACAGAUUAGCAGGGGAGCGGUGAGGUCUGAUGUACAAAGAGUCAGCUGGGAAAAUAUGCUCAGUGUUUGGGGGUGAGGGAAAGAGGAAGGCUGAGAGGAGAGAGAGAGAGAAGCACUACCAAAGGCAGAGAUGUAUAUGUGAGAGAGAGAGAGCGGUACAAGGACAGACAGCUCUGAGGGGAGGAAACACUUACACAGACUCUGUCACACCUUCCACACAGCCUCGCAGCCUCUGUGAGAGACUCAGCAGAUCUUGACGCUGUGAGGAAAGAUGCACAUGAGAGGAGCAGGACAAUAGCUCCUGGGAGAAAUACAUGCUCAGGACUAUACAGCAGCAUUUCAGAGAGAGCAACAGAGGCAACGUUUAGAGGUUUAUUCUGCUGCUGAGGACCUUAAAGAGGACAAGAGCUUUAUGUUCUUUGGAGGGGUUUCUCCUCUUCUGCUGCCGCUGUGAGGAUACAGUCUCCGUGCUCCCGUGCACAGCAUCAGAAAGAACUGGUUUUAAUAGCCUGAGACAAUGAGCGAGGCGAAAAAAGGAGAGAUAGCAAUCCGGGAUAAAGCCAUCCUGCACCAGCAGAGGCGUCUGAAGCAGGCCACCCAGUUCACACACAAGGACUCUGCUGACCUCCUGCCCCUGGAUGGUCUGAAGAGACUGGGUACAUCUAAAGACUUGCAACCUCACAGCAUCGUGCAGCGUCGCCUGCUGGAGGGAAACAUCACGCGACUCAGAGGUGAGGGCCGGGACCUCAGCACCAGGGUUCGCUCCCCACUGGCCGACACCAAGGACGGACCUGCUGACACCGAGGAGAGGAGCGAGAGCACGGCUGACGACUCCACAGAGGAGAGGGAGUCUUUUGAGGAAAGUGAAAGGAGCCUACGGUCGGAUGAGGAGGACGACAGCAGCGAGGCCGGAGCCAGACAGACAGCUGAGAAGCCCGAGGGCGGGGAGAGCUCGCCUGUCCUAACUGCUCUCAUCAUUCAGUGCAAGUGCUGCGAGACUGAAGUCAAGGCAUCCAUCAACACCGGCAGCCAACACAACCACAUCUCCACCUCCUGCUGUCAGAGGCUGGGACUGGUGCCCAGACAGGCCAGUUCACCAUGCGACGUGAACAGCUCGGUGACGGAGCUGCAGCUGCAGCUGGGAACACAGAGAGUCCAGUGUUCAGCUUACAUUAAAGAGGACGAGGCGUUCGAGCUGUGCCUGGGUCUGCAGACUCUUUUGGAACUUAAAUGCUGUUUGGAUCUGAGCAGUCGGGUCCUGAAGCUGCAGGGCUGCGGUGAGGAUCUGCCCUUCCUGAACCCCUUGACCGACAGCCAGUGCCAACACGACACCAACGAGAACCUGUGAGAUCGACUCCGCAGCAGGGACCACGUCCUCCUAAAGCCUAUUCGGUUGCAGCAAUGCGGCACGAUGCUGUUCAUGUCUGGGCUGUGGGGUCACCGUGUCUCUCACUGCCAGAACAUGGAUGAGCAUUCGCAUCAGUUGUGCUUGAGUUUACAUCUUUGUGUUGGUAGAAUUAAGACAUUCACCAUGAUUAUCUCUUAUAUAAAACUAGUCUAGUAAACAGAGGAAAAUCCAGUCUUGUAAGUUUAAUCAUUCUUUGUGAUUAGACUAUAUAUUCAAACCAAUUUGUCUGCUGAGGUGUUCAAAUACACCAAUGCACUAAAAGGGAAAACCAUAAUAAUCCUUAAAGUGAUUUUUUGUGGAAUAUUUUGUGAUUUAACUGUAAAAAUACUUUGAGUCAUAGAGUGAAUGAAAAACAAGUUAAUUGUGAAGUUAAACAACUUCACUUAAGAUAUUCUUAAAGGAAUAAUUUUAUAUUUCGAAACGUUUAGCAACAACAUUAGCCUAUCAGCACCAUUAAAACUCACUAUUUAACACAUUACAGCUAAUUUCUGAAGACCAUACGAACACUAAAUGUACAAAAUAAAAGUUGUACGUAAUAUAAAGGCUGACAAAAACUAAUAUAAGCAUAUUAAAGUUUUUAAAGCUUUUUAUAGAUGAAACCAGAUUGCUAAUUCAACCUAACUUUCUUCUAGCAAAUACUUUAGCAACUGAUCCAAAACAUUAGUCAUACUCUAGUAUUUAUCAACUAUGUGUGUUGACCAUUUAUUUGAAAAGCUAUUAAGACUGAUCCACUUAGACAGGCGUCCACCGCUUACACCAUCUGUGACGUUUAGCUAGAAACAUCAAAUCAUUCUUUCAUUUUCCAAUAAAUUUGGCAAAAUAAUGAUUGUGUUUUUCAACCACUCCAAGUUUUAGCUCUUUAUACAUAAGUUUCAGUUUAUAAAGUUAAUGUUUAUUUUAAAGUUGUUGUUUUUUUUAGUUCAACUCUUUGCCUAAAUAUUUGAUUUAAUAUCAGUAACUUUACCUGGUUAUGUAUAACUUAAAGCUAUUGGCUUUGAAUUGCUAUGUAUCUGUUUCAGGUAUUAUCAAUUUAUUUUAUCAGUUUUGCUAACAAAUAAUCACAGUUGUGCACAAAAACAGUAUUUCCAUUGUUUGUUAUCUUAACUGUCUGCAAUUUCAAAAACCAUAGUAUACCGAACAGUUUCUGAUGCAUAAACAGCAAUUAAACAGCAUAAUAUUUUUCCCCAAAUCCUCCUCCAGCAAAACUUUCACCUACGAGGGGGAAACCCCUGCUCCCUCAGUGAUAUAAUAAUUUCCGUGUAUCUACCUAAAUUGAAUGGUUACUGAACCAUAGUCAUUCAAAAGACACAAAGAGUUUGACAUGUU